AUGGCCACGUUACACGACGACAACGACGCCGCAACCCCAUCGGCCGGGCACCUGUACAACCCGUACGCCGAUCUGUACCCCAAUCUCGACGCGCGAUCCAUCCAGGGGAUCUAUCGCCUUCCCGACGCGCCCGAGUUUCUCUUUACCGAGGAAGCGGCCGUGCAGCGACGAAGCUUCGGCGAUAAUCUCACUUUCUUCACCGGGUGCGGGUACCUCGGCGGAGCGCUCUUCGGCGGAAUCCGCGGAACGGCGGAGGGCUUCCGCUCGUGGGAGGCGGGGGAUUCUGCCAAGCUGCGCGCGAAUAGGGUUCUCAACGCCGCAGGAUCGCGGGGAAGAUCUGCGGGAAACGCGCUGGGAAUCGUCGGGCUAUUAUACUCCGGGAUCGAAGGCGCUGCGUAUCAUUACCGCGGCGGCGUGGACGAUCCGUGGAAUGCGGUCGUAGCGGGGCUGGGCACCGGAGCGCUUUAUAAGGCCGCGGCGGGACCUAGGACAGCGGCGAUCGCGGGGGCUGUUGGAGGUAUAGCGGCUGCUGCGCUUACCGCGAGCCGACACGUGGUGAAACGAUACUUCCACCCCGCCCCAUCAUUCGUCGAUAAAACACUGUUGCUCUCACCGCACCAAAUCAGCGGAUCUGGUGGUACUGGCGUGAGAGCACAUGUUGAAGCAGAGCUUGUAUCGAAUCAGGGCUUGUGUCGAGCCUAUUAG